AUGGUGAGGCGCGACGAGCAGCUCCACAUCAGCGUCCCCAAACCCUUCCGCUGCCCCAUCUCCAUGGACGUCAUGCGCUCCCCCGUCAGCCUCUCCACCGGCGUCACCUACGACCGCUCCAGCAUCCAGCACUGGCUCGACUCCGGCCACGACACGUGUCCCGCCACCAUGCAGAUCCUCCACUCCAAAGACUUCGUCCCCAACCUCAACCUCCGCCGUCUCAUCAACCUCUGGGCCCAGUCCCACGGCCCCUUCUCCCCCGCCUCCUCUCCCACUCUCUCCGAUCACCAGCUCCGCGGCCUCGUCCAAUAUCUCGCCGCCGAGAACGAGAAAUUCAACCAAAAUCUCUUCGAUUCGUUGUCCAAAAUGGUCAAUUUCGCCAAGUCGAAAGACGACAACCGCAGGUUUCUCGCGAAUUUUAACGGUUUCGUUUCCGCCGUCGUCGGCGUUUUGAACAGAGAAGGCGUCGAAAUCGAGGUUCUGGAAUUGGUGAUUAGGCUGCUGGAUUUGAUCUCGUCUCAAAACGGCGUCGUCGAGCAGUUGCAGCAGUUGAUAAUCAAAGCCAACCGGAACUGCCUCUCUUCGAUUCAGUUGGUGUUGCAGAGUGGUGGCCUGAGCUCCAAGAUCGAAUCGGCUAGGGUUUUGGACUCGAUCGCGAUCGACGCCGACUCGAAACGACUGAUCGCCGAGAAAGACGGACUGUUGACCGUACUGAACCGCCUCAUGAGCUCGGAAACCGAUCAGACCUUACACGGCGUCGUCUUCUCGUGCCUAGUCUCGAUGUCGGUGACUCGGUCAACGAAAUCCGAGCUGGUCCGGUUCGGACUGGUCCAAAUCAUAACCGAAACGCUCUCCAACCGUGACGUCAGCGCUUCCUUGGCGGAGAAGGCAUUGAAGCUGCUGUCCAAGAUUGCCACGUGCGCCGAGGGGAGGUCCGAGAUAAGCGAGGAGGCGAGAUGCGUGGCGGCGGUGACGGAGAGGCUGAUGAAGGGGUCGAUGGCGGCGACAGAGGACGGCGUGGCGGUUUUAUGGAGCGUGUGUUGCAUGUUGGGGGAUAAGAGGGCUAGGGAGUGUGUGAGGAGGAGCAAUGGUGUGGCCAAGAUAUUGCUAGUGAUGCAAAGUGGGUAUGGUGAAGGGCAUUUCAUGAGGAGGAUGUGUGGGGAUAUGAUCAAGGUUCUGAGUGUUGGGUUGGGGAUUGGGUUGAGCUAUGACACCAUGACCAAACAUAUUAUGCCUUGUUAG